UCAGACCUUUGCCUUCAAGGCUGCACUCAGGGCGGAAACAACCGAAGAAGAAACGCACUUUUUGACCUACGUCACUUCCCGCUUCCUCUCUCGCUUCCAUCUUGCUUCCCGCAUGUGUCUGCUGUUAGUUUACAGAUGAAAGAAACAAUUAUGAAUCAAGAAAAACUAGCCAAACUACAGGCACAAGUCCGCAUCGGUGGAAAGGGCACUGCUCGCAGAAAGAAGAAGGUUGUACACAGAACAGCAACUGCAGAUGAUAAGAAGCUGCAGUUCUCCUUAAAGAAACUCGGUGUCAACAACAUUUCUGGUAUUGAAGAGGUUAACAUGUUUACAAAUCAAGGAACAGUCAUCCACUUCAACAACCCCAAAGUGCAGGCCUCCCUCGCAGCGAACACCUUCACCAUCACUGGCCACGCCGAGACUAAGCAGCUGACCGAGAUGCUGCCCGGCAUCCUGAACCAGCUGGGAGCCGACAGCCUGACGAGCCUCAGGAGACUCGCCGAGGCUCUGCCCAAACAGGCUGCAGAUGGAAAAGCGCCGAUUGCUGCAGUAGAAGAGGAAGAUGAUGAUGUUCCAGAUCUGGUGGAGAAUUUUGAUGAAGCAUCCAAGGAUGAAGCUAACUAGAGGAAAUGGACUCCCUCAAAUAUGGGUCUUUGACAGAACCAUGUACACAAGAUGUUUUGUCUAUUUUGAGAGGAUGAAGUUUAUUAGAGACAGUAGAUGAGAUGAUGGGUAAUUUAUCAGCUUUCCCCCGUGUGUAAUCUGUGCAACACCUGAACAAAGCACCAUGAUAAUCUUACAUGAAUUAUUGGAGUAUUUUUUUUAUCUAGCCUAGGACUCACUAAAGUAUUAGACCUGAGUUAGUGGUGUUGAAACGUAAAGUAUUUUAGUGCUCAUUCCACCUCUUUGUCAUCAGACGCUUCACAGGCUUGUUGUGGUCUGUACGUCCAGAGUGAGAUUAUGUAAAAUGUGUUUAAGGCUCGUGUGUACAUCUGUUUCCUCAGUGUUACUGAACUGUAACUAUUGGUCUUGCUAAAAUCCAUCAUAUCUGGAAUAAACCUUUACUACUGUCAAA